UUAUUUGAACCAUUAAUUCAUAACGUUGAAGGAAACAGUUUCAGUUUAAUUCUCAACCAUUGUAACAAUUUAUAAUCUCAUGUGUUGUGGGAUCAUAAACAUCAACACUGAAUUUCUUACCAAAAUUUACAAUGGCUUUUAGUGGAUUGAUGAGUGUCGAAUCUUUGAAAUUGGGUUUACUUCCAAUAGUUUCAUAUUUUAUUUAUGUUUAUUUAUUAAAACCUGCUUUACAUUUUGUUCAUAGAGCCAUUCAUUAUCAUGGAUUUCCCUGUUAUCCGAGAAACUUUAUAUUCGGACAUUCGCUUCUAUUUUGGACAAACUUUCCAUUCCCAUACAACCUCGAAAGUUUUCAAAGAAUGUUUCAUGAAGCAACCAAUAAAUUAGCUGCUCAUGAUCAAGACCAAUCUUUAACAGUUUGUUGGCUUACCUUGCAUCCGAACGUACUUCCUGUGAGUCAUGAAGCAGUGGAGGUUAUAAUGAACAAGAAAAAUGUGAGAAAACAAUUUUUUUAUAAAUUCAUGGGCCUAGGGAAUGGACUGGUAGCGUCAGAACCUGCCCUUUGGAAGGUUCGAAGGAAAUUGAUUGAACCCUUUUUCUCGACCAAAAAGAUUAAAGGUUAUGCUAAACACAUGGACCAAGAGGUUAAAUCAUUCACUCAACAAUUGAAUACGGAAACGGGUAAACCUGUUGACUUGGAGGAUCAAAUACAUAGCAGUACUUUAAAUAUAAUUUUAAAGUCUGCUUUAAGUAUUCCUUUGGAUGAUUCAAUCGAAGAUAAAAAGUCAUUGACAGAGCUAGUCAAUAAAGUGGAACCGAAUUUGGUGAGAAGAUCACUAAAUCCGCUUUACCAUAUUGAUUGGGUUGCCAAGUUUACGAAGUUUGGUCGAUAUUAUUUUGAAACUCUUGAUUUAGUCGAAAAAGUACUUGCCAGGAUGUUGAAUCGCAGAAAGCAAUUGUUAAGUUCAACAUCACAUGAAUCAGAGAAUCAGGAUUUUGUUUCUUUACUUGAAGGCAAAGUGGAUCAACAAGGAUUUUUUGAUGAACUGAUAACUAUGAUUGCAGCUGGACAUGAAACGACGGCAGUGGGUUUGCGUUGGAUUUUAUUCAAUCUCGGCCACCAUCCAGAUGUGCAAGAACGACUAUAUCGAGAGAUUGUUCAAUUUUUCCCUGAUGAUACACCAGUAGAUGAUAUGGAUAAAAUCAACCAAUGCAAUUAUCUUGAUCAAUGUAUAAAAGAAUCACUUCGCCUGAAUCCUCCGAUUCAUGUUUUCGCGAGAUACCUUGAAGAAGAUGUCGUGGUAAAGGAUAAAAGACUUCUUAAAGAUACGGGAGUUCUAGUGUCAUGUCCAAUAAUUCAUCAUAACCCAAAUGUUUAUCCAGACCCAGAAAAGUAUGAUCCUGAUAGAUGGACCCCUGAAAAUGCGUCCAAAAUACCCAAAGCAGCUUAUAUACCAUUUGGUUAUGGACCACGAUCUUGCAUUGGAUACCGAUAUGCAAUAUUAGAACUCAAGAUUUAUACAAUUCAAAUCAUUCGUAAAUUUAGUUUGAGAUCGACUCGGAAACAUGAAAGUAUUCCUUCCAAGUUUGAAAUCACUUUGAAGCCAUGUUUACCUUUGGAAAUAAUUGUGACACCAAGAAAUAACAAUUAAAAACUGUAAAUUGUAAAAGCUUAAAUAUGUGAUCAGCCCAUAAUGACUUGUUAUAGAGUCUCUAUAUUAGAGAUAAUAUAAUAGGAAAUUAUGAAAGAUACUUAAAAAUAAAUUAAAACGAAGAGACACUUUUGUAUCAUGCAAA